UAUAGUAUAGACAUCUGUGCUUACACAAAAGUGACGUCUCAAGUGCAGCUGUGUGCAAGCUAACCAUAGCCGGCAUAUUAUCAGUUCAUUAUCAGUCUGCUGGUCCUUCCAAGUUCACGAGACGAUGAAUUCGUGUCAAAUUUUUUUGAUAAGAUUUAAACAAGCUUUGUCUAGUAAAAAUUACGAAGCCUUGGUAAAUAUCUUUGAAAAUGAUGCCAAGGAGCAACUCCAAAUUGUUUCGACCGAACAUCUUGAAUUUCUCGUGGAUGGCAUACUUAAUAAAACAGAUGGCUUACUAUAUUUCCUUCACUUAACACUUGAGAAUAAUGCUCCAAAGAAACAUUUUGAUGACGCAUCUAGGAAAGGUUUUCAGUUUCUUAGUUUACUCAUUGAAAAUUUUCAUCAGGUCAUAUGCUUCAAAACAUAUAUUAAUGAAAUUAAGGAUAUCUGUUAUUUGAUGUUGUGUAAAAAAUGUAAUUUCUACAUCCAGAAAGAUGCUUGCCAUGCUUUCAUAAAAUUAAUAGAGCGGUUUAGCAACCAGAAUUUAGGACUAGACACAACAUUAAAGAAAUUUGCAAAGAUAUUUCCUGUAAUUACCAGAAAAGAGAGAAAGUUUAUAUAUUGUGUACUUGGUAAAAUAAUUAAACACAAUGAAAGUGUUGAUUUGUCACGGCGACAUGUGGAUACAAUUUUCAAAUGUCUGCGUACUGAUGCAUCAGAGGAGUUUGUUUCUGAUGAUUUGACGAAAACUGGUAAUAGUUUUCAUUUGUACUUUGACGCUAUAUCUGAUAUAUUGGACAAUGCCGAGCCACCGCAUGAGAUACAAAAUAAAUUUUUCGAAGAUUUAUAUGGAUGGAUAAAAUCUAUUAGCUCCUUAAGUAAAUGGCGACUCAUCUUGCUGAAAUCGGCGAUCGAACUUCUGAAUCGUCAUAUGAAUUGUGUUCGAGACUUUGUAUAUACCGAUUAUAAACAUUGGCACAGAAUUCUCCAACGCUUAUCAUGUGAGCAAGAUACCUCGAAUUACGGACAACAUGCACUAAAAAUAUUUUACAAAAUUAUUGGGGAGACUCUUGAGAAUCAAAACAGAGAAGAAAGUAAAAUUGUUUUACGAUAUUUUUUGGACAAGUUUAAUGAAACAUUCACAAACGCUAAUUUGGAUUUAAUCACGUUACGACUAACCGUUUUUGGAUACAGUCAAAUGGCUGGACCAUGUAAAAAGCAUCUACUCGAGUACGAUGUCAGACAGAUGUAUUCGAAUAUUACCAACCGCGCUUUGUCUUUUUCUUUCAGUGAACAGAGCGAUUCAUCAAACGUAGAGAACGUCUGUUACUAUCAGGAGGCGCUCUCUCAACUGCUAUGUCAUAUGUCCGACGUUACAACUGAAAAAAUAAACAUCCUCGUAAAACUUAGUAUCUAUACAAUCAAGAGAUUCCCCGACUUGAAGAUAACCAACAACGCUUUUGCAAUUUCGUCGUUGGUCAGAAUUAUCUGCAAUAUUGCGUCUAUUGACAGGAACUUGUUGCAACGAUAUCUUGAUAAUAUAAUUUACGAUGGUAUCGCAUGGAGCUGUUCGCAUACUUUGGCGCUCGACGUGGAGCUACAACGCGAGAUGGGAAACUUGCAACAAACGCCAAUAUGUUACAAGAAUUACUUGACUCUAUGGACACAGUUGCUGAACACUGAGAAGUACCGGCGCUAUUGUACCGUACAACAAGUAGCGGAAACCCUGGUAAACGUGUGCAUGACGCUAAUCGACCGGUUGGAUAUACGCGUGAAACAGCAGUACGAAGACACUGCGCUAUCCGAUGUGGCGCUCACGCAGAGCGCCGUCAAUCAGACAGACUUUCGUGUAUUCACGAACCUCAUAGAUCUCUACAUUAACUUAAUGGACGCGUCGGACGCGUCCCUCUACACCGACAUCAUAUCCGAUUUUCUGCGUCAGAUCAUCAGACUAUCAUACAAGUAUCCACUGAUAUCUGGUUUCUACAAACUGGUGCGAGUCGCUCUAAAGAUUCUUGAUUGUACCACUGAGAAGGAAGAGGAGAGCGAGAUUAAGAAGCUGGUAUCCAGCUAUUUGACGAACAUUGUCAAGCUGCUUCCCACGUUUUCCAAUGAACUACUGAUCGCAUCCCUUUACUUGAUCUUAGACGCACCCGGGAUUUCGUACGUCGCGGCUGCUGUGCGGUCUUCGCGUCUAACUCUGGCCUUCAGGAUUGCUUUCUCCAUGGGUCUAAGCGAUCUGGAGCUCGCGUACAGUGCCCUCGCCGCUCUAAAAAUAUGGAUAGAUUCCAGACAGUCGCGGGAAGACGAACAUAUGGAUGAAUCAAUACGCGAAAUUGUGCCGCACUUGGAAUUAUACUUGCGCAGCACGGAGAGCACUGUCGAGAUGUUACAGGAACUAACAACAACAAAGAAAGCGAGGCUGAAGCGGAUAGGUCUGAUCGAUACCGAGUGCACGUUGCGCAACUUCCAGCGGCGAAUACUACUGUUUCUCGGCUCGCUCGACUACGACGUGUUGUCCAGCUUCUUGCACGAGCGCUCGCUCAACACUGGUGCAUCCUGGGACCAAAAGAAUCUACUCAGUUAUACCUUAUCUCUACCGGAGGCACGUCUAACACUCGACUUCGAUCGGAUGCUACCGCGAGUGAUCACGCUGGCGCACGACUCAAGCGACAGGCGUACCAGAAUCGCUGCAUGCGAAGUAUUGCACUCGAUGGUCACAUUGGUAAUUGGUUCGACAGCGGAACGCUUGAGCAGUCAGAACUUGUUCGUCACAUUAUACGCGCGACUAUGUCCGGCUCUGCUCGCGCUCGGCUGCGACUCCGACGAAGUGGUGCGAGAUCUCUUCCAACCAUUUACGCUGCAACUAAUGCAUUGGUUGAGCUCAGAGCUCAUGUUGCACUCGUCUGUGAUACCGCUCGUAUUGGAUUCCAUUUUUGACAGUCUGUGUGAUGAUACUAAUCCGUCGUUGCGCGAGUUCGCCGGUGUAUGCCUGGGCGAAUUCACAUCCUGGUCUAUCAGGCAGGCGUUGCGCGAACAGGACACUCAAGUUACGCAGUCGAACGUGCAUCAGGUCAUACGCAAGAUCAAGCAUUUUGCGCUGCAUCCGUCAGUACGCAAACGCGUGGCCGCCGCCGUGGCGUUUAAUCAUUUGUACGCAAUCCUACGCGAGGACGACGAAAUCGUGUCGACUUACUGGUUAGAGAUGUUCUACUGUUUCGUCCGUAGUAUGGACGGAUGUGACGAUCCAUCGAUUAUUAACGCGCUUGGCCACAUUGAGAAGGUAAUGAGAGCCAAGGCAGACGUUCUAAACGUGGCCACUCAGAACAGAAGGAAACCGGACGAUUUCGGCGAUACGACGCUGACACAUGCUCUCUAUUGGUUGCUAUCUCAAUGUAGCGUUCUCGACGAACAUUGCCGAACCACGUGCAAGGAACUGUAUGUUAACAUUUCACAAUAUGCAGUCGGUGGAUCCGCGCAGGAGACGAUGCGGACUUUUGUUGAGACUUACGGGAUAGACCGAUUAAACAGCAUAAUUUUGAAAGAUUUAAAAUCAAACGUCGAGAGUAUUUCGACUAUUAACAUAAAAAAUCUGUUGAAAGUUUUGGAUUAUUACACAUGGUUAAUAGAGAGACAACUGCUGCCAGUAGAGGUUCUCUUUCCAACAUCUAGUGACGUGCAGGAGCACAUAAUCUUCGCUUGCAUUCGCAAUUUUUCUCGACAAUUUUUGCUAACGAUCACGACGACAACAACGACGAAGUUCAGAGAACUCGACGAGCUACAAACAUUACAGUGCAAAGCUGUGUUGGCCACGCUGAAAUUUGUACAAGUGCUACUGAAUGUCCACGACGUUGUUGAUAUUCUACCGGAAUCACUAUGGGAUGAGUCGUUGUUCACAUUGACCAUUAAAUGCGUAAUGCAUCCGCAUGCGAUCGGCUUCGACGAUAAGAAUAUCAAGAUGACGGAUGAAUUACCACAUGUCUUAGAGACCUUGUUAAAUACUAUAUGCUUACGGUUCAACGAUACUUUAGCGAAUAAGUUCAAGGAAUGUCUAAUGAGUUCCGUUCGCCAAUACGUUCCGCAGCUUCUCAAUUUACACAACAUCGCGCAAAGCAGUUCUUGCGACGAACAGAUCCAACGCGUUAACGGAUUGAUGAUACUCGAGCGAUGUAAUUUGUUCGAUCGAUCGAUUCCGGAAAUAAGUAUUCUUGCGAAUCGUGUGGAUAUGAUCCAACAAAUUUUCAACUUUUUGGUGUGCGAACGCAUCGGGGAAUUGAUUUGCAGUGAUUUGAGCGCAGAAAUGUUUGAAUAUCUAGUAUCUCUGAUGAAACUGCAACUUUUACGACACGAGGCGUUAACAACCGAAACAUUAGUGAGACUGAUAUCCAAUGACAUCUUGAUAGUCGGCAUAGACUUGACGAAAAUCACGCAUGGCGAGUAUUUUCUGAAUAAGUUCAACAACGUGAUAUUCACGUACAUGCUGACGAACGUAGAGAGUUUUACAUACGUUCUCAACAAACUGUCGCGUGACAAUCCUGCUUUUCUGCUCAAAUUGACCGAGGAUAUGUUGCUGCACCUGAAACGGCACAGGCAUGCAUUGCAGGAAUACGUAAACGAUAUAAUAGACGUGAUUUUGCGGCGAUUCGCGUGUCUGCAGAGCGCCGUGACCGGCAGUAACGUCGACAGUCAUACGGAGAGACUGAUCAGCAUUUACGGCACCGCGGUGCGUCUUAUGUCCAAGCCGACAGAAAUUAAACGAAACUCGGCAUAUAGUGGUCUGUACACUUGGAUUGGACAGCAGUUGAUUGAGGCCUGUGAUCUCGAAUAUAAGACGCGGAUCCUACGAAACUUUCUCAUAUGCCUGACCGAUACGACCGAUCGCGUGGAAGACAUAUGUAAUCUGUCUUGUCUGUAUACGCUGAAGAAAGACCGAGUGUCCCUGUUUUCACAGCUGUCCAACAUGACGGUGAUUCCCAUGAAGGUGGUCAAUUGCUUCGAGACACUGUUGGUGCUGCUGUCGGUCACCGGAUCGAUCGUCGUGCUCGAUUGCCUGAUAAACUUCGCCGCCGGCGCUGGCAGAUCUCUGUUCGAAAAUAAACUGAAGGAUCAUCUGCGCAGAUACUACGGUCGAGAAACACCCAAUACCGCGGAGCGUGUUUUAUGUUCUCUGGAAAUGACAUAUCAGAAGUUCAUCAGAAGGAAUGUAAACGUGCAGGAGAAAUUCGACAUUCUGCAAGAGUUCCUCUUACCGGCGUUCGACUGCUGCAACACGUCGACGAUCGACUGCUUCUUUGAGCGUAACAUUUGUGAGUUGUACGCGAUCAGUAAGAACAAUAUCGUCGACAACGAGAACGUUGAGUUCGAUAUUGUGUCGAAGAUCGGAUGCUAUCAACUGAUGGCGAUCAUGAUCACCCGAGUGGAGGAGAGUAAGAUAGUCGACGCGAACGGCGCGAUCGUAACGGCGGUGCCUAACGCCAAUCUCGAUAAUGUCGGCAAAAUCCAGGGAAUUUUAAAAAGUCUGUUUUUACAUGCGGUGAAUGUGCGGGCGCUGAGGAUCUCUCAACCGAAGUGUCGUGAAAACAUGCGUUUACUGCAGUGCUCCGCGUACAAUUUCAUGCUGGCGGUCAUAAGCCUGAAGGGAGAGAAGUCUUUUGACUCAAUAUUCGGCGAAGAUCACAGAAAAGACCUUUUUAUCUGGAAGAAUAUUAUAGACUGCGAGAAAUGUUACCAGCUCAAACAACAAGGCUUUCUUAAGUAUCCCAAGAAUCGCGAGAUUAACGUUAACAUCAAAUCCUCUAUCGACGAUGUAGGAAGAGGAGGAACGAGUAGUCAGCGUAGCUUACAUAUUCAUAGUUAUGAUUUGUCGUCCUGCUCCCUGAACGAAGACCUUAACGCCUACGAUUUCAACAAAUGCGUCCCGCUUUCGGACUCUACCGUUAAUUUACAGGAACAGAACUUGACGAUGAAUGUGAUACUGGAAAACGACGAUUUCAACAAACACGAGUGCAUGCCGAACAUCUGCGGCAUACUGCGGCGCUUCAGCAGCUUGAAGAAGCAGGCUUCUGAACAGCCCAAAUUCCUGAAGUUUUUUGUCGAGAGUAUGCAAAAAGACGUCGUUCCUCGCAAUAUCCGACUCUUCAUGCUGAAAAUUAUUAAUAACAUGCGUGACGAUGUGUUUAAACCGUAUGCUAAAUUCAUACUACCGAGAAUCGCGCAAGCAGUCACUAAUUACUUGAAAACAGACGACCUCAACUACAUUAUCACUGAUGUUCUAGAGACAUUGAUAGAUUGGCAAGAUGAUAUAAAUGAUGAAAACGUAGGAGGGACGGAAGUUCAGAGCUUGUUCACAGCGCUCGUCGACAAAGUACUUGUCAAACAACAAAUAAGCCACAAAGGCAUUUAUAACUACAAUCUCGAACUGAUUCAUAGGAUAGUGAAGAAGUGGCGUGGUUGCUUAACGGAGCCGGUCGUCUACUUGACUAAGAAGAUUGAGUCCGCACAGGAAACCACAGUAGAUCUCAUUGUGAAAUUUCUUCGGGACAACGAUGAAAUGGCGCGCGAAAUCGUUGACAAAAAUCUAACAGAGGAUAUUGUUAAUCUUUUGCUGAAACUGUUAGGCGAUUGGAACGCAGCCGAGAAGGACGUAUUACGGUACUACGAGUGCCUUGGAUGGUACCUGAAGCUACAACAAGAGGACAAACAGAACGGGGACAUGGAAACUGCGAGUAAGAAAAACAAGAUACAUGACGUGAAAGAAAAGAUCUUUAAUAUUCUCAGCUCGCCGCCGAAAACUACGCAACAAUUAGUUUAUAUGGAGAAACAAUUAGAACGUAUUAUCGUCUUGUGUAGAACGUGUCCUGAUCUGGCCGUAGACUACAUCACCGUCGUGACCGACAUUACGUCUGCGGGCAAAAAUCGAUCCUACUGUUUAGAGAUAUUCGCAAUGGCGAUACCGCGGGCCUGCAAUGUGGAAAACAUUGUGAACCAACUGCAUAGCAUAGAGCUGCAGAGUGUGUUGAUAAACCGAGAGCCGUUUUGCGAAUCGAAAGCGCUACGAAUCGUUCACGAAUUAGUCAAUACGACGAUCUCGCCGGCGGAUUUGUUGCCUUACGUGAAACUGACAAUUCCAUUCCUCGAGAAUAAUUCCACGGAACACCGAGGUCUGGUCUACGACGUUCUCAUGAGCGUUUACAAAAAAUAUUCUAUGGACUCGGACGAUGAGAGCGUGAUGACUCUGCGAUCGGAGAGCGUGCGGAACUUACUAACUGCGCUGUUGGAUCCUUCGCAAGAAUUACAGGCGCGUGUACUGCGCUUCUGGGCAGAAGAAACAGACUUAAGCACAGAUCAACCCAAAGAGCGACUGAUCGCGAUGCUGAAUCUGCGAACGAAAACGAACAUAUGUAUGAAUCUUAAAGAAGAGGAAGCGUAUGCGCUGCUUGUACCGCUGCUGAUUCUACAAUUAGCCAGCCGCUCCAGAGACUACACUCAAAAUAUGUUCCGUGCCUUGUUCCGCGAUUGCACCUAUGAGGACUACGAGAUCGCUGUAUCCUGGCGCAGACGAAAUCUCAGCUACAUCACGCCGAUGUUUGUUGACUCACUCGCCUCACAGAUAAACUGCACCUUGUCGCAGAGCAUCGAUAAUAAUCGCGACACUUAUGACCUAACAUCAUCUUAUCAUCCUUUACAUGGCGCUCUAAGACUUCGCACCACGCAGGAUUUGCAGUUUGAGCCGACUGUGAUCGACGACGAAGCCGCAAACAUGGACACGACUGCGACAUUUAAUAAUUCGUUACUUGAUGACGCGUUUGAUCGGAAGACAAUAUUUUCGAGACAAUCGCAAUCGAUUAUGCGUUGCAAAAGAUUCCCCAGGUUUCUGGCGAAAUCAUCAAAUGUCGGACAAGAGAUUCGCCAGCAGCAUAUACAGAAGAAUGUAGAACGGCAGGAAAUGAUUAAGCAGGAAAAUAUCAGGCAGAGAAACAGCGUGAGAUUGCACAGACGUUACAGAAACGGAGAUUUCCCCGACAUCGAAAUACCUCAUUCAAGUCUGAUUGAGCCGCUUCAACAGUUGAUCAAAUUAGAUGGAUUAAUUCGCAAGGACAUCACUGUGCUCUUGUUCUGUUCUUUGAUCAAGGAAAGCAUAGAGAUUGAAAAAUCUGACAAUUUCCGUCGAAACGUCGUCAAGAAUCUGAAGCAAAUCUUACACGACAGCACAAAGGACAGCACUUUCAACGCUGUGAUUUUGGAGACGUUGCUAGAAUUGAACGUCACCGACUGCGAUUCGUGCGACAUAGUAAGAGUUUCCAAAACGAACGGCUUGAAUGCUCUCGGUGUUCUUCUCCUAGAACGCAGUUUACAGCCUGACGCGAGUUAUUCCGAUAGUUUCUUACCCACGCCGGAAAAGAAGAUGAAGAGUAAUGAGGAUGAUAUAGUCAUUAAAAAUUGGACGAAGAUCGAUAAGUGGGCACAAUUGGCGUCUCUUUAUAAGUCACUCGAUGACGUCGACACCGUUUUGAGUAUCUUUCGUGAGCAAUCUUAUGAUAAAAACGUACAGGAAGCGGCUAUCGCGAAUGCGAAUAGCAACUGGAUGCAUACAAGAAUGGCGUUUGAAAGGGCUUGCGAGUCGACGAAGACUGUACCAUCGAUGCAUGAAUACUGUAUAGAAGGAUUGUUCGAGGUGAUGAACAAUUUGUGCGACUGGUCGAUGGUCAAUCAGAUUAUGAUCCAAACGGGCGAUUUGGAGAAUGUCUGGAACAGUUCACGGCGAGACUGGAUGAUUCCACACGUGUGCGAUGCUUAUGUGCAAAUGUUGGGGGACAGGUGCGAAGAAUGGGAGACCAGCGACCAUGAUCUGCAAGUGAUCCAAUCAUGGAUAGAUGAUUCCAGCCGAUUGGAGCACAUCAAGUCACUAGUGGGCGAGAAUCUAGUAAUAUUGUUGUUGCAGAAAUCGCUAAGUGAAGCAGGUAAAGCAGCUAAGCUAAGUGAUCUAUUCAAUGAUCUGCUGGAUAAGACAGGAGAGCAAUGGGUUAGAUUGAACCCGCUCUGCACCGAAUUGGGAAUUCGCAAGUUGCGAAAAUUGCAAGUUAUGAGCGAUGUGGACGCCACGUUAAAAGUCCUGCGGUGUACUAAUGAUACGGAUUAUUUGGAUAGAAUGACCACCUUGCUGGACUUCUGGACGGCGAAAGCACCGACGCCACGAGACAAUCUCCUGCAAUGGAACAAGUUAGCUGCUUAUCGAAGAUAUUCUUCAACACUGUUUGAGAUUAAACUAAAUACUAUACUAGAGAACGUUAUAGAAGAUGAGUACAUUGAAAGAAUCUGUGAGAUCAAGACGCGAAUACGUCAAGUGAAUCAUCAUAUGCGGUUGGGCAUCAUCGACGCGGCGUUAAAGCAAAAACACCAAUAUGUCGCCCAAAAACAUUCAAGUUAUCUGCGUAAAAUCUUAGCCGAUUUGAAGCCUCGAAAGACAUUGCUCGAGGCGAAGAUCAGAUAUCUGUGCGCCAAUUUCGAGGUAGAUGUGUUCAGAAAGAUGCGCGAUUACGCCAGCUCUUGGAAAUAUUCGCAUCAAUUGUUGAAGAUCUACAACAAUGACGGUGAUGUCGAUACGAGCAUCGCCGUGAGGGAGCACAUCGGCGCUUUGGCUUCAACGAUAGAGCGCUUGAGCAGAGAGAACAACGCCUUCGCCGAAGCGUUACUGACAGCCAAUGACGAAGGUGGAGAGAUUCUUCGAGACAUAGGCGCUGAACAGUCGAACGACCUGGUUAGUGUGAAAGAGCAUUUGUUUGACUAUAGUCUGGAGAAGUUGAGGUCCUGCAGCGAUAACGCAGAGACGACAACGAAUAUGGUCAGCUGCAAAGUUGGCGAGUACUAUUAUGCCUUAACCAGACACUACUACAACUGGCUGACGAGCGACCGGAUCAUGAGCGAGACUGAAAAGAAGGAUAUUUUCCAGGACUUUGUGUCCGCCACGUUACGGGCUAUGUAUCACAAUUAUCAUCCAGCGACUCAUUAUUUUCCCUAUCUCUUACGUUCUGAAUGGCUGUGGCAGAAUGGCCCGGCGCAACGAACAUUCGAGAGGGAAUGUAUUAAACCACAGCCGUGGUUAUUCCUACGUUGGCGGGAUUUGCUAUUCUCUCAUCUGAGUACGUCUCAUCAUACGUCAAUUGCAUUCCUGGUCGUGCCCAUCGUCGAGAAGCUCGCCGAGACGUAUCCUGACGCGAUCGCCUACACAUAUCUCUUGGCGGUAGAAAAGAACCCUGCUAUUUUGCGCGAUCAUGCAACGCGGAGAAUACGUGAGCUUCUGCAAAACAAAGUGACCGAAAUCCAACAGUUUCUGUCGGCAAUACAAUAUGUGGCACAGCCAGAACUUUAUUUGAAAUAUUAUCUCAAUGAGGCGAUGAACCAGUUGUCUAAGGGAGAUACAUCGGCCUUUAAGUCGUUGCUGAGCAAAGUUUACCCACCGAUUUCUACCACAGCGAGAAAUCCUCAACCGGGCAGCGUGUAUAACGUAAUCGCAAAAUACGAGGACAUCAUCAAAAAGUUAGAUCCUACGUAUUGCGACGACACGCGAAUGAAGGUCCAGCAUAUCAAGGAUUCGUUGGAUAAAUCUCUCAAGAAUCGCGCUAGUAAGAAGAGACUCAAGGAAUACAGCCCGUUUUUGCACGCAUACGCAGGCGGUAAUAUUGAGAUACCCGGCCAAUAUACCGGCGAUCGAGAACCCAUGCCUCGUUAUCACGCCAAGAUCGUAAAGAUAGAGCCGAUUGUGGAGGUGAUGCCUUCGCUGCGUAAACCGACUCGCAUCAGCAUGAUCGGCGAAAACGGGCGCGAGUACAAAUUCCUGGUGAAAUUUGGCGAGGAUUUGACGAUCGAUCACGGUCUGCAACAGCUGUACGCCACUAUGAACAGAACGUUGUCCAACGACACCGCCUGUAGGCAGAGGCGGCUGAUAAUAGAUACAUACGAGAUAAUACCAUUGUCGAGAUCGUUCGGCCUCAUACAAUGGAUCGAGGACACAAAAUCACUGGAGGAACUAGUGAGGUUCACGCUAUCGAUGUCGGAGAAAAAACAACACGAGUCGAAUAUUGAGAAAUAUCUAAGUUGGAUAAAGGCAGCAUCUUGUUUCACACGGAUUAGUGAUCAGUACAAGGCGGCCAUAGCCAAAUACAAACAAGCAGAUGUCGUAGCUCAAAUGGAAAAGUUGAUCGGCGCGACCAGGAAAAGCGCUUUACGUGACGCCUUCACCGUAAUCAGCCCGUCACCGGAGAGCUUUGUGACAUUACGACGUAAUUUCGUGACAAGUUAUGCUACGAUGUGCGCGGCGCACUGGAUCUCGGGGAUCGGCGAUCGCCACUUGCAGAAUACUCUGGUAGUCAUAGGUUCCGGACGAUGCCUCGGCAUCGAUUUCGGUUAUGCUUUCGAUAGCGGCAUACGCGGUCCGGUACCGGAACUUGUGCCGUUUCGCUUGACACCGCAGAUACUGGAGUUAUUGCAGCCCUUCACCGAGAAGCAUUUCUUUAGCACAAUCAUGACUCACGUGAUGCGAGCUCUGCGAGAUGACAAGGGCCCAAUUCUCACCUGCAUGGAUAUCUUCGUUCACAAGCCUGUCAAUCGCUCGAGCAUCUACGACGAAGAUACCGAUACAGACUCAAAAUGGUCAUUUAAAAGAAAUAUCAGGACGGUUGAGAAGAAAUUGAACGGGAUCCAUCCAUCACUGAUCACGUUAGAGCAAUUAAAAGAAGUGCAUAACGGUGAACACCUUACAAGAUACCAAGCUAUUAUUACCGGCAACGAUGAGUCUAUACAAGCAAGGGCAACUGUGCAAAACGAUUACUUGACACCUGCCGAACAGGUGAAUUGUUUAUUGGAUCAAGCGACAGACCUCAAUAUCUUGGGCCGUAUGUACGACAAAUGGCAACCUUGGCUGUGAUGGAGGAUUCCAAAAACCUAAACAGUUUUAUAUAUUUCUGUUAGUUUUAUAUAUAAAUUUAUAUAUAAAAUAAAAUUUAUAUAUAAAGUAAAAUUUUACAUAUAUUUUA